AGAUAAUACAAAUGUCAGCUUAAAUGAAUGUAUGAGAUCUACGAAGAUCAAAAUUUUAGAGAAAUUAUAUUUAGAUUGCUAUUAUUUUGAAUAUGAUAUGAAUGAAAGUGUAAAUAAGAUAUUGAAAUCGAAUGAUAUAUGAGUAAUUUUUUCAUUCGAAAGAAAUAAGCCGUAUGCGACGAGUUUCAUUCAUAACAAAGUAGUAUUAUAGGUUACUUUUUUACUUAUUAUGGCACAAUCUACAGCUAGUGGAACAUCUUCUCGACGAUAUAUAAGAGAACAUGAUGGUGUUAACGUACCAUCUUCGUCACGCUAUGUGGACAGUGAGUGGGAAACCAAAGAGGCUUUACGACAAAGGGAACUUGAAGAAGCACGAGCACGAGCAGCUCAAAUGGAAAAGACAAUGAGAUGGUGGUCAGAUUGUACUGCUAAUUGGCGUGAAAAAUGGAGUAAAGUACGUAAUGAGAGGAAUAUGGCAAGGGAGGAGGCAAAGAUAUUUAGAGCAAAGUUAGAGAUUGCUGUAAAGGAUGCAAACAGUUAUAAACACGAGUGCCAGGAACUUGAAUUACAAAAUGAUCAAUUAAAAAAAGAAAUGGAAAAGAUACAUAUGAUACUGUUAAAACAUGCUGGACAAUUUGAUCAACAAAUUUUUACUGUUUUAGAAUCAGAUCCACAGUUAAGAAAUACAUUAGGUAUAGAUGAAUUAAUCAAAUUUUACAAUAAUGUAGAACAAAGUGAACGUGUAAAUACUCAGAAGGAUUUACUUACUUGCAAAUCUUCACUUGAAGAAUCUAAUGUAUGUUUAGGAGGUCAUACUAUUUUACCAGAUAGAGAUAUUGAAGAAUAUGUACUACAAGGUGCAGUGCCAAAGCAUGCUGUAGAAUUAUAUAAAGAAAGUCCUAUUAAUUCAUUAGAUAAAGAUAUUGCAAGACUGGUUACAGAUGCAAGUUCUGUAGAAGAUAAUGUAGAGAAAAAUCAAUCUUCGUUACAAACAUCUACAGAUGAAUCUUAUGCACAAAAAAUAUUAACACUUCAGUAUAAAUUAGAUGAAGCUACAAAAACUAUAUCUACAGAAAGAGAAGAGAAAAAUUCUUUACACCGUGGUAUGGAAAAAUUAAAAGCAGAAGUGGUACAACUAAGAAAACAAUGUGGAGAACUAGUGGAAAGUAAAGAUGAAGCUAUAAAAGAACUACUUGAAUUAAAAGAACGAUUUCAAUUCGAACUUAGUGACGUGCAAGCUGAUAUAAUUGAUCAAGCUUCAAGUAGAGAAGGAAUGAAUCGUCGUUUAUGCGAACUUAGAGCUGAACUAGAAAAGCUUCAGGCUGAAAAUGCUGCCGAAUGGGGAAAACGAGAACGUCUAGAAACAGAAAAAAUUUCUUUAGAAAGAGAAAAUAAACAACUUCGCAAUGAGUUACACGAUUUACAAGAAAGAAUAGAGUUACGACGAUCACGUCCAGUUUCCACAUCUGACAGUGAUACCAGACAGUUGCAACAAGAGUUCUUAGUUAGAAACGUGACAAUAUUAAAAAAAUCGCUGGAGGAAAAAACUACAGAACUCUCGCACGCUAUGAGAAGAUCAGAACAAUACGAAGCAGAGGUAAAGAGAGUAAGAGCAAGAGUAGAAGAGUUGAAGAAGGAAUUAGCUUCAGCUCAGGAUGAGGUAGAUGCUGCAGCUAAUAGUGUUCGUAAAUUACAACGAGCAAAUGAGGAUCUUCUAGAGCAAUUAGAAUCUGCUAAUGUGCAAUUGGAACAUUUUCGAAAUAGUACUGAUUCUUACUCAGUUGAUGUAGGAAUGGGACAAGCUGUUGAAGCAAAAUUAUGUAUAAAUGAUGAUAAAUUAACAAAUGGUAGGUUUUUACAUUUUAAUAAAUUUGAUAUAUUCGAUUUUAUAAUUCUAUCUUAUAAAUACUGUUUCAGAGUAUGAAUCUCAACAAGCCUAGUAUUCACUCAUUUCAAUAAUAACAUUAUAUUUAAUUUGAGCGAUGAUUAUGGUACUUGGAAUGUAAAAAGCAUUUUUUUAUGUUCUAAGAUAUAUAUUACCAAUUUGGUUAACAAUACCUUUUACUUUAAAAGAACGCUAUUAAUAUACGAGGUGUCCGGCUACAGGUAGGCAUUCUUUGAAGGGGUGAUAGCUGAAUUGAUUAUGAAUAUUCUUCAUCAAAAUACUUGUUGAGGCUUAGUUUUUGAAUAAUUCAUGAAAAACACUGACCAAUCAGAGCACACAUAAUGCGCGGGUUUAAUCACGAGAGUGUCUCUACAAGACCGAACUCGACCGUGAUCGCGAACAAACUACUCGGCACCGCGUCAAACUCGGUUCGCAGCCGACACUGAGCGGCCGAGUCUGCGCACUACGCGGCUGAGUCUGCGCACUACGCGGCCGAGUCUGCGCACUACGCGCGCUGUGAUUGCCCGGUGUUUUUAAUUAAUAAUUCAAAAACUAAGCAUUAACGAGCAUUUUGGCAAAGGAAAAAAUUGUUUAGAAUCAUUCCAGCUACCACUCUUUCAAAAGAUGCCCACCUGUAGCUGAACACCCGGUAUAAGUAUUAUUUAUAUAAUAAUUUCGAAUAAUGAAAAAUCACUGUCUGUUUCUUUCAGCUUUAUAUCAUUUUUUUAUUGUAUAUAUUAUUUUUUUAAAUAUUUUUUAUCUAAACAAAUUUGUGAAUAAGACUUUGAAUAUUUUCUUAUGUGUAAAAAGUUUACAUUCCAAUAUAUUACAUAUAUUUUAAACGUGUUUAUUGUAUGUAUAUAAGUAAUGUAUAUAACUUAAUAUGUAUAUGUAAUUACAAAGUUUACCUGUUACCUAAAGACUGGUAUAAUUAGAUCAUUAUUUAGAUGAGAGAUGUUCAAUGAUACCUGAUAUUUAUAAUUAAAAUUUUUGCUCUAUUAUAAAUGUUUGUAAUAUAAAAAAAGUAACAAAUUGUAAGUGUAUUUAUGUCUACGUCACAUAGUAAUUCUUAUCUAUUUAAAUUUACAUUUGUAGUAGACGUUAAGAAAAUAUUCAAUGUAUAUUUAUUAUUGGAUGUUAUUCAUUAAUGAAGGAGAGUAGGAAACAGAAUUUUUUAUUUGUUUAACGUGUAUUUUAUUGAUAAAAAAAAGAUAAAUACUAAAAGCUCAUGUAGCAUUAUCAAAUUAAUAAUGUACACUUAGUACACGUACCUUGAUAAAAAUGAGAUGCAGUACGUGUGUAUGAAAAAGAUAAUAGAAGUAUGAUUAUAUUCAUAAAAUGUAUGAAUGUUCAUAAUGUUCAUAUUAAUGGAAAAAAAAAGAAAGAAGAAUGAUCUAAAUUGUAAUAAAAA